AUGGGCUGUAGUACCUCGACGCAUGCCUCGCCGGAGGCCGAUGAGGAUGCGCCAUCCAAGAGGAGCGUCUACUCGGCGAGCCGAACCAGCGGCCAGGUCGUCUCAGAUCACCAGAAUAGCAACAAAGACCAGGCGAAUGACGCAUGUACUGCGGUCAGCGGGAAUCCCAGUCGCACCAGGAGCAGCAGUGGCAUGGAGGGGCGGGCGCACGGCAGAGGUAUCGGCGCCAUCCACUACCCAAACCAGUUCGGAAAAGACGAGUUUGAUGGCGAUGAAGUGGUGGUUGCUCCCCUAUCAACAGACAAGAGCGCGCGCACCCGCUUCACCUUUCCGCCGCGCACUCAUUUGAACGCUGGUAGCCACACGGAAGCCAGCGACUCCGGUGAAAGAAAGCUCAACUCUACCACGGCUAGCCCCUCCUCCCUCACGGCUCUGCAGCGGCGACUGAGCGAUGGCGGCCGUAAUCACUCGAGCUUCACAGCGAUGCCUCCCAUUCCUCCGGAUGCCAAGGAGACGCUGCUCCAGCUUACGCAGACGCAGGCGCUCCAGACAGCCGCUACCACCCCUACCGCGCGUCUCAGUAUUCCGGCUAACGGCUUCGCCGGUUCCAGCGCAUCCGCCCCCGGCGCUGUCGCACUGCCGUCGCAGGAGCAGCACCAAAUCGAGGCGCUCCACGUGAACGAUGGAGGCUUCAGCAUCGAGUGGGAGGAGGAGGACAACACGCCAGGGGGGCGCGGCAUUCCGGCCUCGACGACAAUGGAAUCCGAACUGUACAGUGUUACUCGCGGAACGAUGGCGCCGUCAGCGAGCUUUGGCAUCGGUGUUGGUGGCGUGUGGCGCAGCAAGUCGCCGAAAUGGAUCGACCUCUCCCGAAAGCGCUCACAGAGCACGGUGAGUCUCCUGAGUCUAACCGACACCCCCAACAACCCACACGUCCUCUCCAGCGGCAGCGACUUUGGGCGAGACAUUCUAGGGGGAUCGCACGUAUUUGGCGGCCUCGCCACUGGCGGGGGCAGCAGUCGGCCACAGAGCGGCUAUGCCAUGAGUAGGGCCGCGCGCGUUGAGCGGUUCGAUCAGCAGCGGCACGGCAACGGGCUUGCCGUGUUUUGCAAUCAGCCCCGAGAGUGCGCGCUCUGUCGAAGCGCCACCGUCACCUUCGCCUGUGAAGUAUGCGACGACUUUUUCCUCUGCGAGGACUGCCGCUUCGACCUCGAGGCGGUGCGCGCCGUGCACGACCCGACACACGCGAUGCUGUCCAUCCAGGACAAUCACUACAACUUCAGCCGCACCUUCGGCGGCGACUCCAUCUUCUCUCUGUCUGGCGAUGGCGGCGUGAGCAGUCUAUUCUACAACCCUUGCUUCCAGUGUAAGCGCGUCAUCGAUGAUGUCGAGCCGGUGUACCGCUGUGACCAGUGCGACUACAUUGUAUGCCAGGAGUGCUUCAUUCAGCAUGAGGAGCCAGAGAACGCCAUGGAGCGGGCAUCAUCCCUGUCAGCAGCGAUGGCUGCCAUGAGGGAGGAACGAGUGAGCUGCAAACCAUUGCCGAUCGAGUUCGCCGCUCUCGCGCUAGCGUCCGGCCCGACGCCGCCACACGAGCACGAGCUGAAGCGCUUCCAACGCAAGUCGCGCUCCAAUUCGGUACACGAGGGGGCUGUUGUCACCAAGACGCGCAACAGCGGCGGUAACAAGGUCAUCAACGACUACGUCGUGGUGCGGCAGAUCGGUCAUGGCUCGUACGCGAAGGUGAAGCUGGUGCAGCACGUUCACACUCAGGAACUCUUCGCGCUGAAGAUACUGCGGCGGCAGAAAAAAGCGGCGCUCUCCGGCAUCAUCCUCGGCCGCAGCCGGGUCAAGUCCGCCAUGGCAGGCAUAAGCGAAGAUGACCUGCUGAGGGAGAUUGCCGUCAUGAAGUUCAUUGGUCACCCCAACGUGAUGAGGCUGAAGGAGGUGAUCGAGGAUGUCGACUCGCAGAAGGUGUACAUCAUUAUGGAGUACUGCGAGAAGGGUCCUGUGCACGUGCCCGGUGACCCGGCGCUGCCUCUCGAGCAGGUGCGUCGGUACGGCGCCGACAUCCUUCGUGGGCUGCUGCACCUGCACUCGGAGUUUCUCUACCACCGCGACAUCAAGCCGGCGAACUGCCUGGUCAACCGUGACGGCGUUGUCAAGAUCGCUGACUUCGGGACCUGCAACAGCCAAAUCCGCACAAGGCUAGCGGAAGGGACGCCGGCGUUCAGCUGUCCAGAGCAGGUGCGUGGCGAGGAGGUGUCCGGUGAAGUUGUCGACAGCUGGGCCUUUGCGCUCACAGUGUACGAGAUGGCGUGCGGUACGCUCCCGGUGUCGACCACGUCCUUCGUGCAGCAUCGAUUGCUGCUGAUGAGCAAGGACCCCAUCCCCAUUCCGAAAGUCGGCGAUGAGCAUCUAUGCAACUUGCUCGCACAGAUGCUGGAGAAGGAUUUGAGCACGCGACUCCUGCUGCCUGCGGCGACGCGGCAUCCGUUCUUCGCGGAGUGCCGCGUUGACGUGCAUGGCGCGGUACCUGGCACAGCCCCACGGUCCAUCUUCGCGGUGCUCGCCACCAGCGGUGGGAGCGCAGCGGCGCAGCAACAGCAGCAGCAGCCCUCAUCGCUCGCCGAACUGUACGACAAGGCGCUAGAGUCGGUGCAUCGGGGCAAGAACCUUAAAGACUGCUUCCACGGCGUGCGUGCGCUGCGCCGCGUGCGCAGGAAGGAGGUUGAGACGGCCCGCCACAGCGGCACCGACGACCAGGCUGGCGGUGGUGGUACUGGCGCGGAGAAGGGCAACGCAUACGUCAUGAACAGUCGCGACGUAUACAGUGGUAGCGACGGUAGCGGCAGCGAUGGAGAAGGCGAAGAGGGCGCUGGCCGCCUCCGGGUGUGCGGUCGCGCCGGUCACGAAGAGGAGGCGGCGGCGGCGGCGGUGGAAGAAGCCGUAGAGCAUCAUCUCUUCUCGCAGGAGCCCAACUUCGAACUGACACACACCACUCUCACCGCCCCCGCCACGCUAGAGAAGCUGAACAGGCUCCACCAGGUGACUGCCGAAAUGCGGCUGAGUCACAAUGCGCUCGUGCGCCUCGCGCCGCUGCGCCUCUCCGCCUUUUCGAUGCUGAUGGACAUUGCCGUCACCUUCAACCGACUUGAAGCGGUUCCGCAAGAGAUCCUGACCGCACCACGUCUCGUGCGACUCGACCUCUCGCACAACCGCAUCGACUCCAUCCCCGGCUCGCUCGUUACGAAGGCGCUAUUCCUGGAGCGGCUGAGCCUGCACCACAACCUCAUAACCACCGUCGGAACUACAACCAUCACUGUCGUAGAGCCGUCCCCUGUCACGUUCAGAGCCCCGACGCCAGCCACACAGACAAGCCUGCGUGGCCGCGGUGGCAGCAGCCGUAGCGAAGUGGUGUCUGUCCUAGCGGCGCCGUGCCUGCGGCACGUUCGGCUGAGCGGCAACCCCCUUGAGCGCCUGCCCGAUGCUCUGGAGACAACGCAUAAGUUGCAGCUCGUACUCGACGCCAUACCCGCCCUCAUGGAGGAGUGGGACACCCACAUGCAGACCGACUGCAAGACGACGACAUCCACAGCGGUGGCAGCAGCAGGGGGGCAGAGCCGCCUUCCCGCCGUGAUUGUCUGGGACGACAGCUUCCCCGUGCGCAUCCCCAGCGUAGAGCCGGCCGUGUGGCUAGCCGUCAACAACAUGGCCAUCUACCGCGCUCAGACGCUGCGUCUGUGCAAGACGCGUCGCGUGGUGCUGUGCCAAUGUGCUGACCCGCGGUUCCCCAACGGACUCUUUCUCAGCGAAGAGUUGGACGUGUACUUCGCAGCCCUCUCCAAGGCACUGCAGGAGUGCCGAGAGCAGCGACGACAGCACUUAGCGGCCGAGGCACCCUUCUCGUUUGGCGCAACGGCCGAGGCGAUCCCGCGCGAGGCGCUGCCGCCGAUCGUCGCCAAGGCGGCGCGCAAAUACGUCGAGUCGUACUUCUUUGUCACGGACGACGAAAACGAAGAGGAGGGCGGCUAUCACAGCCUAGUGUCGUACCUGUACGACUCGCUCUCCGCCAAUAUCCCGGUACUGGUCGUCGUCGUCUCGAACGGCACCUCGUGCGCCGUGCGCACGAACAUUGUCGCGGCCAUAAGCACCUGUCUCACGCGCCUCCGCGGCGGUGACCCGGAGCAGCUGGACGCUGAGCAGGCGGAGCUCAUCGUCAGCACAAUGCGAAGCCUCUACGCGUGA